AUGCAGAGCUCUGACGGCUCGUGGCUGGACCUCAUUGCAGCUGCAAGCGGUGGCGUCCGCGGCGCUGAGAUCUCAUGCGCAAUCGCGUGCGCUCGCAGGUCACUCAGCUACAUACCUGAGCCGGACGACACCCCGCUAUACUCUGAGCAGCUGGUGGCGCCCAACCGCGUAAAGAAGAUCGAGGUGCUACAGCUGGACAACUUGGUGCGGCAGCACAGCCUCCCGCGGCUCGUCGACUCAGCAGCGUUCCUGACCUCUCAGCUGCCUGCCCGCCUGGAGAACCACAUCAGUCGGUUGGAGGCGCUGCUGCCCACCUGCUCGUCCGAGGCGCUCGCCGAUCUGAUCUCGAGCAGCGCGGCGUCCAAGGCGAGCGUGCUGGACUGCUCGCGCGACUGGGCGCUGCUGCAGGUGCAGGAUCUCAAGGGGCUCGAGCAUUUCGAGAGCCACCUGUCCGGCUUCCGCGAGCGCGUGGAGGGGGAGAUGGCCCGGCUGAUGGGGGGCGCGCAGCGGCUGGCGGAGACGGCGGGGUGGUGGGGGCGGGAGAAGGACGUGCACACACUGAACGCCGCACUGGACCUGACACACUGGUACGUGCUCGGCCUGCGGCUCAUGCUGACUCAGCACUCAGCCGCGCUCAACGCCCUCAGCAGCAGCAAAGGCGGCGGCGCCCGCCCCCCCCUCCACGCGCCCCCUCACGCGGCCGCCGCGCCCCACCCUGGUGCGGGACCCCUCGUCGGCGGCGCCGCGCCGGCGGCAGGCAUGAUCUCGCGCAGCGCGUCGCCGCGGCGGCUGCUGCAGGAGCUGUCGGAAGACGUGAGGGCGUUCUGCGUGGAGAAGAACAGCGCGGCGCCGGACAUCGAGGUCGUGGGCGGGGAGGAGGUGGAGCUGCCGCUGGUGGUGCCCUACGCAAGCUUCUUGUUCACAGAAGUCCUGAAGAACGCGGCACAGGCGAGAGCGCUGGUCACGCGCUACGGCGCGUGGGACGUGGACGAGGCGGACCCAGUCAAGGUGGUGAUCUCAGAGCCCGAGGGCGACGACGACCACGUACUCAUCUCCAUCACAGACCGCGGCCUGGGCGUGCCCUCGGACCACUUCUCCCACAUCUUCGACUGGUUCUGGAGCUCAGCGGGGAAGCCCCUCAUCGGCUACGGCUACUCGCGCAGCCACGGCAGCCAGAUGCACGGCCUGGGUGCGGGCGUGCCCGUGUCCCGCGUCAUCGCCCACUUCAUGGGGGGCAGCGCGCACUGGGAGACCUCGCUAACCAAGCUGCACACAACAGUGGAGAUCCGCCUCCCCAAGCACGGCUUUGUGUUCUAG